AUGGCUCCAUCUUUGUACUGGUGGGCAAAGGAAGCCCACCGGGGCACACCCGUGGUGGUGAAAAUGGAGAACCCCAACAACUGGUCCAUGGUGGAGCUGGAGUCGCCGUCGUACGAGGAUUUCAUGUACACAAAUGACGCGGCCCCAAAGGGCGGCCGGAACAGGAACGCCAAGCAGCUCACAUGGGUCAUCCUCCUCAAGGCCCACCGCGCCGCCGGCUGCCUCGCCUCCAUUGCCGCCGCCUCGAUCUCCCUCGCCGCCGCCGUCCGCCGCCGAGUCGCCUCUGGUCGAACGGACUCCUCCGACUCGCCGGCGGCGGAGAACCCCGCCGUGAAGUCCAGAUUCUAUGCUUGCAUCAAGAUCGCUCUCUGGCUGUCCCUGCUCCUGCUGGGAUUCGAAACUGCGGCGUAUUUCAGGGGAUGGCGCUUUGGGACCCAUGAUUUUCAGCUCGACCGGUUUUAUGCUUUGGCCCAUAGUUUUGCGGUUAGGGACGUGUUUGGCUUGCUCUAUUCCAAGUGGGUUCUGAUCAGGGUGGAGUAUCUUGCUCCUCCUCUUCAGUUGCUAACCAAUGUGUGUGUAUUGCUAUUCCUAAUCCAGAGUCUGGAUAGGCUAAUCCUGUGUUUGGGUUGUUUCUGGAUUAAAAUCCGGAAUAUCAAGCCGGUUGCCAAACAGGGCCUUACCGAUCUCGAGUCUGGAGAUGGAGAUGGCUAUUUCCCCAUGGUUUUAGUUCAGAUUCCCAUGUGCAACGAGAAAGAGAGACCCCGGUUGACCUGA